AUGGCUGGGCCUGGACGACCAGUGAAACCCGAUGGCACUCAACAGCAACCGAUAUUGGUCGACGAGGAUGAAGACGCCCCCCAGUCCGGAAUCGGUUUUCAGGUAGAACAACUGGUCCGGCAGGUUCGAAAGGGCGAUGCAAGGUUUGACCCAAUAGACCUUGAUGGUGAGGAAGACAGCUUGUCUGAGGAUCCGUGGCGUGCCGACGAAGACAGUUACGACAAUGACAACGCUAAGAUCGAGCGGGAAGAGCUCGCAAACGACCCCGGGGACAUCCAAGACGGCCCAUGUGUCCACUGGAGGAAAGCUGUGCGAAACCCUUGUCCAUGCGGUACCCACCACAAGGUGCCGAAAAUCAUGAUAGGCAGCAUGGAGCUCAGCGAGUCUCAUGUAGUCGAGUUGAAGGAGCCGGUCCGUGUCGGCCGAUAUGGAGCAGAAUUCGUUGAGAUUUAUGAGAUCUGGAUACCGAAUAAGGGUGACCAUACCUUUGUGCGUGGCCGAGCUUAUGCCAGAACAAGGAACCUAGAAGGCCGUAUCGAGCCUCGGAAGAACGAAGUCUGCGAGAUCUUGGAACUUGACGAGGACGAUUAUCGCGGUACCGAUCCAACGUGCCAUCUGGACCAAGCGUUAGUCGAGAUUUUGGUACAGGACAUCAAGGUCACCAGGACACUACACAAGACGAACAAAGCGUUUCCCGAGUGCCGCUUCGACCAUGUCCGAUAUAGGACUAAGGAAGAGAGAGAGAAUGAGGCACCUCUGACCUGUCGUUGGCAAAUGGUCUUGUCGUACCCGGAUCCAAGGUAUCGUCGUCAACAGCGGCCGAUUGCUGGCGAAUUGAUCAGGCACUACGACCAGAACGACAUACCAAAAGACAGACACCGCAUAUUAGACAGUGAACGCCGCAAAGCCCAUGAGAAAGUUCGCGGCGGCUCGUUCAUCCCAAAUGGCGCACAUGAGGGAGGUCUGAGGGCCUCUCCUAUCCACCUGGCGCCAGGACAGAAAUAUACGGUUGUCGACAUUUUCUCUGGCGCCGGAGGCUACUCGAAGGGGGCCGAGAUGGCAGGCCUGAAGGUCUUGGCGGCUUGCGACCACUGGCCGAGGUGUUGCGAGACAUAUCGGCAGAACUUCCCGGAUACCGAGCUCCACCAAGAAGACGUGUACAAGUUCAUCGACGACGUGAGCACGGACCUGACCCGCGAGCAUCUGGACGUCGAUAUCCUCCACUUUUCUCCUCCCUGCCAGACGUGGUCCCCAGCACACACGUGCGAGGGAAGGAAGGACGAAGAGAACAGGGCCACGUUGUUUGCCUGCGAGAAAAUUAUAACGAUAUUCAAGCCCCGCAUGUUUACUGUUGAGCAGACCUUUGGCCUUGCUCAGGAACGGUGGAUCCCCAACUUCAACGCCCUCCUACAGGGGUUUACACGUCACGAAUACUCGGUCAGAUGGAAGGUACUCCACUUGGUCGAGUACGGCCUCCCGCAGACGCGGAAGAGGCUCGUAAUGAUCGGCGCUGCGCCGGGCGAGCAGCUCCCCGUCUGGCCGAAGCCAACGCACAGCAAGGACCCAAAGGAUGGUCAGAAGCCGUUCGUGUCGGCUUUUAAAGCCUGUAGUUCUCUUGUUGAGGGCCAGAACUUACACGACGUCGAGGGCGCUCGUCUCACCAACAAGGCGCCAUGGGAUAGCAGCAAGCCUUUGGGGCGGACUAUCACCACUUCUGGCGGCCAAUCGUACCACCAUAGUGGGUCGCGGGAAUACACACUGGGGGAACUCGCUGUUCUUCAGGGGUUCCCUGUUUCCUUCAUCUUCAUGGGGAAGUGUAUCAAGAAGCAGAUCGGAAAUGCUUUUGCGCCAAUUGUUGUCAAGGCUCUUUUGAGGCAUCUUCGUGUCCACCUGGAGAACUUUGAUGGGGUCACUCGUCAACCACCACAGGGCCAGCUCAUUAUACUCAGCGAAGAUGAGGAUGAUGGCCGCAGCGACAAGACACAGAAGCCACAAUACAAAGACAGUAGCCAUACACAAAUCGCGAGUCAAUCUGUAGUUGAGGUCCCGGUGGCCUCCGGGAGGGAGCCACCCGGCAUGAGCGGAGAAUUCCUCCAAGGCAUGGUUGAUGAUUUUCGAAAGAACUCCGUACAACACUAUCUGACAAAGGACAAAGACAAGGCUUCAAAGAGGUGCAGCAGCUCCAGGCCCAAUCUUGGCCAAUCAAGCGGGCCAUCAAGCAGUCAAGCUCAACCAGCCCAGGGGCACAUCAGAGGCUCUGACUGUGUCCUGGAGAAUGCGGAAUACUCACAAAGCCUAGUUGGAGCCGUUGUUAUUGGAGAAAAGAAAGUGGCCCCUGUGACUACUGUAGACCCCGACACUGACUCUGGUGAAAACUUGGGUGCAGGCCUCCUUCACGCUGGGCCCAAUAACAGCAACACGGUUGCCGGGGACGUCACCUCCAGCACCCCAGACACACCUUUUCAGAUUUUCUCAACUACACAUGCUGACACGGGGACGUAUCCACAUCCAACAAACGUUGUUCAGCCCAUCAGCAGGUCUUUCAACAACACAAUCAUCAGCCAUUCCCCCCAGACGUCCUUGGGACCUGAUAGCCCACAGGAACCACCAGUUCUUCGACCUGCUAUCACCAUGUCUGACUCGGAACCACCAGGCAGACGCACCUCAAGUUGCCCGGGAGCAGCUCAGGGCCACCCUCAGGCCAUAGUCAAUGGUGUCCUCCAGGCACCCGCCCGAGCCCCAGAGCCAAAUACCAACACAGCCACAGGCCGCCGGAGUGCCAACAUGGCAAGAACCGUUGCAGACUUGGACCAUGUGCCUGCUCUGACUCGUCCAGCCUCUGUGCAAUCCACAGGACAUCAAAGUGCUCAGAAUGCACAGACUCUUGCCGCUCUCUAUCAAUCCCCAUCUACUAAUCGCCCACGCUGCAAUAACAAUGCCGGGGUGGGUCAUGCUGUGCCAGCACGCCAAAGUCUGCCUGGUUUCUCGGCCAUGCUGCCAUCCAGCCAGCGCAUCUCGGAAGCAACACCAAGUCAAGCAACACCAAGUCAAGAAACACACAUGUCUCGGAACCAAGACGAGUUGGCAAAUCCUGCCCCUGUAUCAGCCUCUAUGGCUACUUCACAGGCGCUCCGAAGGGUUGAGGAGACAGCUAAAUCCAGCUUCUUGUUUGCUGGCUUACUAGGAGCAUUGCGCAGUUACGUCCCUCAAAAUGCUGGAAACCCGACCGGAAGUAACCAGCCCGCGGGAACUGGCGAGCAUUCCGUCGCUCCCAGAGCUCAGGGCAACGCCACCAGCCAUCAGGAUUUUGAGGGCCAGCGAGGCUCGGCCACUCACAGCAGGCUUAUCCAAGGCCCUGUCACCUCAUCGGCCAGGCAGGCCGGCAUUUCCGCGGCCUUGAGGAGACGAUCACAGGGCAUACAGACAGGAGAUGGCGCGCCUGGUUCAUCCCGGGCGCGGUCGGGUGCCGACACCAUCGCGUACAAUGGCGAGUCUUCUCGCGCAGGUGACCGGCAGUCGCACCCGAUCAUUAUCGAGGGCAACGAGAUUGAAGGGGCUAGCGGAAUCGUUGAGAACGGCGGUCUUCCUGGCGGAGUAGUCGAAAACAAUACAAGCACCGACGAUCCUGCGGAUGACCAGGACGAGGCCCUACAACGCGUUCUUUGGGAGAGCCGUGCGGCUGCCCCCACCGCCGCCAACGCGGCGACCGAGACUAUCGCCCACCACAGUCCUGCAGAGCUCCAGCGGCGUAUGCUAGCCAAGUUCCGUCUCACCAAGGACAAUGGCGCUCCUGCACCUGAGAUGUUCGGACCGGGCGACCCUAAGGGCAAGGGAAAGGCCGUCGACAAGGGAAAGGCCGUCGACAAGGGAAAGACCGGCCAGACCCGAAAAUAUGACGAGUUCGCAGAGGACAAGGAGCCUGAGGGCCCGGGGAGCCAGAACAAGCGGCCCCGUCACAGCGAGUAG